CAACAGCAACACCCCAAUCUAACACAGCGGACUGUCAACCGGCAUAAAGGGAGGAGUCCGGCAGUUCCUUUUUUGUGAGAAUCCACUUUCAGUCUCGAAGCAAACUUUGCUCCAAUCCGAAGAGGCAAGGCGGAGUUUCCUAAGUUGGGACGCGCUGCCUGGUGCUCUGGCAACUGGUCGAGCGUGGGGGCUCCGUAUUGCGUAUAUGAUAAUCAGGGCGGCAGAGGCGUAUUGCGCUUCUCUGCCUCCCCGUGGCUACGAUGCCUUCUUAUGCGCCCGCCGCCGCCGCCGCCUCAGAACUUCUUACAUAAGUGUUAAAGCGGCCGCCAGUUCAAGAUGAACGCCUCUUGGCUUCGCAGUCCCGUCAAAGCACCGUUGUCAAGAUCACUUGGGAAAAGGUAGCUGUGCCUGGAGCGUAGAACUGUCGGGACCAGCAACAGCAGGUCCUGCUGGUAUCAUGAGUUGCUCGGAUGUGGUGAGGCAUCAGGCGCAGGCGACGUGUCACCCGUCCCAGGUGAAACUGCCCGCAGCGUCCGCCGUCUGUUCCACGAGUCCUUGUCCGUUCUCCAGCCCAGUGGUGACGCCGAGCCAACAGAAUAAAAUAGUUGUAUACAGCAAGAUGCAAGAAACUCUGGAAGUGACACUUUCUAAUAAGCAAGAGGAAGAUGACAAAGAUCAGCCUACUGAAAUGGAAUACCUUAAUUCUCGCUGCGUCCUUUUCACUUACUUUCAGGGAGACAUUGGCUCAGUUGUGGAUGAACACUUCUCAAGAGCUUUAAAUCAAGCUAACAACUUUAAUUCAGAUGCUGUUCUUUCAAAAACCAAAACAGAUUUAUGUAGAGAGAACACAACAAUUGCAAGCCAAAGGAGGAGCUUCCCAGCUUCAUUUUGGACCAGUUCUUAUCAAACUCCACCUCCACCAUCUUUAAGUGGAAUUCAUCAUGAUUUUCCCAUUACUAUACCAAGCACCUUUUCAGUAGCAGAUCCUAACAGCUGGCCAGGACAUACAUUGCAUCAGACUGCUCUACCUGCUCCAUCUAACAUGACAGAGUCUUGGCAUUAUCCUUUAGCAUCUCAGAUGAGCUCCUCAUAUGGACACAUGCAUGAUGUGUAUAUGCAUCACCAUCAUCCCCAUGUACACAUGCAUCAUCACCAUCAUCCGACUUCACAUCUAGACCCAAGGUACAAACCUUUGCCAAUGCCUUCAGUUUGUGCAGGGAAGAUUCCUCCACCACAGUGUGAUGCAACAAAGUCAGAUCCUACUACUGUCAGCUGUGCUACCUCAGCUUGGGCAGGAGCCUUUCAUGGGACAGUUGAUAUUGUGCCAACAUUUGGAUCUGAAACAGGUACCCAACAUCAGGAUAAAACUAAGGAGGCUUUGUGGUUUUGAAGUACAAAUAGAACUUGUAAAGAAUCAGCAUUAAGAGUUCCUAUCCUUGAGAAAGGGAAAUGGCACUCCUUUUCCAUCUCUCUCUCUCCUUCUCUCUGCAUCUUCACAGCCCCACUAGACAUUCUGCUAAGCAGAUGCUGAGCCAACUUAUCGUCAGACUGAUCCUUUAUACCCAGCUGCCUAUUUGUCAGUCUCAGGAUUGUUAAAUAGAAAUGAGAUGAAAAGACAAGAGCUAUUCAUCUUCCAUCAUUUGUCACCUGAAUCUGCAACAGCAUUUUUGAUAUCCAUCUCUUUAAGCAUUUGAUUUGCUUGUGUAUUGGCAUCUAAUAUUAAUGCAUAAGCAGGAUAGGACCUAGUUGAAACUAAUUGUUAACUUUUGGGAAUGCAUUUUGGAAGCUAUGUGUGAAUCCCCCUUUUUUUGUAGAAAUACAGAAAGUUUAUGUAAAUAUUUACAGGCUAUUUUAGAACAGAUUGUGUGUUUUUUUUAAAAAAAAGUUAAAGAAUUUUAAAGUUCUGUUUAAAGAACUUGCUUGCAGAGGUGCACUGUCAAAUGUUUUAAAUGACUAGUUUUAAUUGUUUAUGGAAUUUCAUUGUUAUUUGCUCAAAUAUCUUGUCACUGUUAGCUAUAUAGGUUCAGUCCUACAUAGAUAACAAAUUCUUGAAUGUGUUUUACCUUCUUUUUAAACAAUCACUCAUAUUUAAAAUAAUUUUCAUAGCUGUAGCAUCAAAAAUAUGAAUAUAAGCUUUAUUGCUUUUAAUGACCACUUUGAGAUAUGGACAAUUGGUUUGAAAAUGUAAUCAGAUGCAGAGCUUUUGACUGAAAAUCUAGCUGCAAAGGGAAGCUUUAUUCUUAAGUUUACACUGACAUUAAUUUCAUUCUUAUUGUUGAGCACAAAAUAUCUAAUGCUACCCUAAUUCCUUUCAGCUUCAACCUAAAUUAAAACAUGUAGUUGGGUGCUUUAGAAACCACUUUAUAUUGCACUUAUUAGUGUCUCUUUUUGCUCCUCACUGCAAACUAUUGGAAGUUUCCUACUUAUACCAGUCUUGAAAUCCAUGAUUAGGAAGUACUUUACGCAAUCUAUGUAGCAGGUACAGUAGACUGGAAAGUACAAUGUGAUGUUGCAAAGAGAUUAGGUACAAGUACAGUUAUGUAAAUUUAAGCAAAACUCAUUCUAGAGAAAUGAGCUUUGUUGUUGCUAAUAGCUGAUACUGAAUUGAUUAGACAUAUGGGUAAUCCUCGAGUUACCAAUGUAAUAGAACCUGCCAAUUACAUUCAUAAACUGAUGAUUCGUUAAUUGGAUCACAUUAAAUGAACGUGCUUUUCCUGCUUUCCCCAAUGCAUUUUUCAUUGGAUGUGCAGGACCUUAAGUACACAUGAUGUAUCUCAUGGUGGGGAAGGCCAUGGAGGGGGGGCUAGUGCUGGAACAAGCCACCUGCUUCUGAUUACUCAAGGCCUCUCAUGACCCACUAUCUCAUGUUCCCUCCCCCAUCCUGCCCCUCUGGGUCUCCACAGGCACUGUGCCUACUUAGAUAGCUUCCCGGAUUCCAAUUUUCCUCCCCAUCCUGUUUCUGAUAGCUCACUUACCUUUCAAAAAUCUCCAGUGUUCCAGAAUAGGCUGACCCACCUGGCAGAAAAAUGGCCGUCUAUUACAACUGGUGAAGUUGUAAGAAUGCGAGAUCUAAGGAAAAUAGCUUGGCCAGCCCUGCAAGCCCGAUGAAACAAACAAGCUCCACAUUGAUUGGCUGCCACUGCUGCCUUCACACCCCAAUCCCUGAAAUUGCUCAUUCAAACCAGCCACUUAGCAGUAAGCAGAAGGCACUUACUUUAUGCCCUGAGGAUGCUGGCCUCAGGGCAUAAAAGUGGUGGGGCAGAUUGGAGGGAUAUAGGCAGAGGUAUGUUGCAGCGUCUUUGCGGUCAGUUAUAAGGUGGAAUGACUGCUGUGGUGCUGCAACAUAUGUAACUUCAAGACUGAGUUGUAAGAGGGGAGGGUGUCAUAAUUUUGAACUGUUGUUAAGUGAACUGUCAUAACUCGAGGAAUACCGGUAUUUAAUAAUCAAUGCUUUUAAGUUUUAUUCUCUGAACUGUUUAGUUGAACAUGGAAAAAAGACAUUCAUCAACAAUUUCAGCAAGGUCAGGGAGGAUAACAAAUAUGAUAAUAAAUAUGAUAAGUUUACCAUCAAAAUAUUAAACAAAAGGAAUUUAAUGAAAUUUAUUAAAAUUGUGGUUUGAUUUGUCCAAAACUAUAUUUUAACUAAUUGGGGAUAUUUCUAACGGGAAUCAUACAAUGGGCUGUGUUUCAACAGGUAACCACAAGGGAAAAUGGCUUUUAUUAUCUGGAUUAGGUUUUCUGUUUGUGGAAACUUUAUAUAUUUACAGAAAGUUCACUAUUAUUAAAUACUGGAAUAAAGCUGUUCUUUUUUUCAUAAGCA